AUGGAACAUUGGCCUGCGGAUGAACGACAUCAACCGUUGCCUGUGAAGAAGCGGGGAAGGGGAAUUCAAAAGUUCCAAGUUCAUGAAACUCAGUAUUGGAACCAUCCUUACCUCGAUUAUGGAACUUUUGGUGGGGCGACCCUCGUGUCAUCCAACAGACGGCUAGCUUGGACAACCGUUGUUGAUACAUCAAAUGCUCGAAGGGUGACACCAGUUGGGGCAGGGCGUUGUAUUUUUCCUGCCACUCGAUCUGUGGAUCUGACGCUAAGUCGUCUUACGCAGUGGAGGCGAAUCGAAGAAGGACUCAACUUCGUUAGAACAUGUUUCCCGGACGCCGACUUCCCUACAGAGCUUGUCAAGGCGGAAUUCCAGUCCGACGAACGACGAAAUAGAGAGUUGCAAGUCUACGAUCCUUUGAGAGGCAGUCUCAUUAGUAUUGUACCGUCUUCCGGCGCCCCUCAAACAUCACUGGUUCUCUUUCCGGUGGGAGAAACCAGCAAUGAAUUGAAUAUUUCAUUUAUAUCUGCCGCUAAUUCCGAUUGGAUUUUUCACGCGCCUGGGCGUGCUGCGUCCAAGUUCGAGACACCUAUUCUUCAGAUCUCAACCCCAAUUACAUCAAAUUCACCUCUGAAGUGUGGUACCAAUCCUGUUUUGGUCAGAACACUCUCCGCAACAUCCCUCUUAAGCAUUGAAACACACGAAGGCACCGAUUUCAAGGCCACAAGGGAGGUGGACAUGACAUCUGAUGACACAGGAGGCAAAAGCGUAGUAGAUGCUGUAUUUUCACCUCAUGACUCGGAUAUCAUUGCUGUGAACACCUCUGGAGCACUCUAUAACUGCAAAAUAUAUGAAGGAGCAAAAGCUGUGCGACGCAUAGGGCUUAACCAAGUUCGUUUUGAGAACACAAAUGGGGACCAAUUUUGGAGGCUUCUUUCAUCUGAACAAGGCUAUUUCCUGGCGUCAAGUAGCUGCAUUCAACAUCUCGAUUUCAGGUCGAACCAGCCUACUGUCGACCUAUUUUCCACUGAUCAAUUGGGCUCUGUUGUAACAUCUUUUGAUUGGUUAGAGCAAGAGCAUCUCCUCACCAUUUCGACGACCUCGGAGCUCCUGUGGUUGGACAAUCGGUACCCGAAGAAAAUACUUCUGAGCUUUAAGAACAACCGAGCGCAUGAUAGAUCGCUCAAUGUCAGAACUGUAAAGUUAGAUAGCGGUCCUCUGACUUUCCUAAGUUCGCUUAAAAAUGGACUCACCAGCAUUUAUGAUGUGUCUCGAGGACAUGACAAUCUGAUCCACUGUCAUUCCGUUCCAUCAUCUUUACCUCACGACGGAGAUAUGGGUGCGUCUGGGUCGGAAAGUACAUUUUUUGUCCAGCCCGACAAGUCCACCUUUUCCCUUUUGCGACUCUCUGGACAAGGCAGUCUCCACUGCCAGGAUUUUGCUGUAUAUCGCAAUGAUAUGGACGUAUUUCCAAGACAGACUAGUAGCACUAGCCACGAGUGGUCCACCGAUGUGCAGAAACUCGCUGAAAGAGCAAAGGAGCUUCAGCCUCAGUACGGGCCACUGAGCGCAAGGCAUUUUUCAGAGUUAAACCUACGGCCUGCGUAUCAAAAAAUUUUCGUUACGGGAGGAGUCACAGAAGAAGCUGUUUCUGAGGGCGAAUUUACCGUGAUAAUAGACGAGCUAUCUCAGUUUUGGCAAAGGUCAUGUAAUUCUGACAAGGCAAUGUUGACCUUGUAUGAUAUUUGCCUCAGCGCUAACAAAGAACCAGACGAGGAUUCACGAGCAGACUUUUUCACUGGCGGGAUCAUCAACUCGAAUCAUGGGUACAAAGCGCUCGUAUGCAACGAGCUACCUGUCCAGGAAAUUAAGAGUGGUGCGGCAUGGUAUUGCAAUUUCAAGCCGUUUCUCCACCGUAUGGGGCUUGUUCGUGUGGACCUCUGGAAGGAGAUGCAUGGUGCUCUGGAAGCCUUCAGCUUGUCUUACCCAAACGAUAUCCCUGGGUCAUUUGUGCAACAAGAAGAAAAUUCACGGGAACAGCUCAUUCUUGAGUUGGCCCUUUCGAGCAUGGUAUUUUCAGCUCAACCUGUCUCUAUGCCCGCUGCUCCGAUCCAGGUUGACGAUGUGGAGAGUAUGUUCCUUUCCGCGAAAGCUCUGACACUUGACGACGAACUUCCCGAGAUUCAGUUUGGAUACCUGUGUCCAUAUCCCAAGCUUGGUAUCAACCAUUACCCUGAUACUUCCAAAGACAAGAACACUGUUGCAGAACCUGCACAGGAUGCGGAUAUUUCGAGUCCGCUGGGUGUGCGAUUGUUGCUGAGGGAGUGGGAUGUUGGAACAGACGUUGAGUCUUACUUAUAUCGUGAUCCAUACAACACAGAUGGCGAAGAUUUUAUCCCUCCCUCGCGAGAACGGGCACUCCCUAGCGCACCGGUUGCUACGCAAACGACGACGACGACGACUACAACAUCACAGCGCCCUCCGCCGAUUGUCCCAGGUUUCGAGCCCCGUCCACCUCCAAUUCAUGUUGCUCAGAAUCACUGGGGAAGAUUUCGCACCCAGCCUCGAGGCUUCACUUUACAAACUACAAAUACUCAGCAUGAGAAUUAUCCUGAACCUUCUCAACCUUCCCAAGAGUUGAUGACAAGUACCCAAGUGUUACCUGGACCGUAUGGCGGCCGAAGUACUCUGAAUAAGAAGCUUGUGAAGAAAAGGCUGGGUGGAUCACGCCCGGCCUUUCUCGACACGGACUGGCAGAGGCACGAAACUGGACUUUCCGUCUGGUCCAGCAAGAAGAGCUAUGGAUGGAACAAGGUAAGCUGCCCGCCAAUAAAUCCCUGGUUCAGUAAUGAUGGUUUUAACGACGUUUUGAAGCGAAAUAAGCCGGUGGUCUGCGCUCUCUCAGCUAGCUAUAUUUCGACCUUCGUUGGAUAUCCAUUGGAUUCUUUGAAGUCAAGACUACAGACCACCAAGACAAGGAUGCCAGUACUCAAGCUUGCUAGUAUCGUCUAUCGGGAAGAAGGAGCAACCGGCUUUUACAGAGGUCUCUGGAUACCGCUUUUCACGAUUUCUUUCGUCCGUGCUGCUUCAUUCACAAUAUACAGUAGUACGAAAGAAUACUGUCGUAAAAACCACUAUUUUACAGGUGAUAGAGCUUCUGAUGCUGCUCUCGCGGGCGGUCUCAGUGGCGCCUUGUCUGGAUCAUUGAUCUCAUUUACUAGCGCACCCUUUGAACUUGUCAAGGUUCGAAGGCAAUUAGAAUACAGCAUAGCCGCCACUAAAGGCGUACAAAUGGUAAAACCCCCAAAUACUAUCAACGCUGUCCGAGAAAUCUUUCGAACCCACGGGCUGUCCGGGCUCUGGAUAGGGUUCCGUCUCCAUUUUGUGCGAGAUACAGCUGGCACCGCUUUGUACUUUUUUGAAUAUGAUGCUAUGCGACAUCUAUUGGGCCGCCAGCGCUCGGGAGAGCAGGGACCAACACCAGCAUGGCUGCCAAUACCCACAUCCUUGAUUCCCUUCGUCUGUGGUUCGCUGGCCGGCGUGUCUUCAUGGGCAUUGAUAUAUCCCCUUGAUGUAGUUAAGACCAAAGUCCAGCAACGUGCUUUAGCUGGCACUCCUCCGAAAGGAGUAUGGGAAACCCUCCGUCGCCUCGUGCGCGGUCCAGAUCCUAAAGAUCCAAAGCCAGUCCUUGCUGGUAUAGCACGCAUAUAUCGCGGUCUCGGCGUCAGUGCAGUGCGGAGCAUCACGACGCACGGGCUCCUUUGGACAUUUUUCGAUAUCACGUCACAUUAUAUCGAUCAUCUACCCUGA